AUUGCUGCGGGAGUCGGAGGCUGCGGGGCGGGGAGAGUGUGGCCCAGGCUGCCGGAGAGAACAUCUAUCGUCUAGAGACACCCGGCACGGCUGUGUUGGGACUUGCGCUUCCCUUCUUUCUCUCUGGGAUUUAAAAACGCUCCCUAAUUUCCUCGAAAUAAGUCACGGAGUUCACGCACAUACGAGAGUCCUCAGAGUGGUGCGAUGGAGGAUGGGAAGCCGGUGUGGGCGCCCCACCCAACGGACGGGUUCCAGCUGGGAACUAUAGUGGACAUUGGAGCUGACAGCCUCACCAUCGAACCUCUUAAACAGAAAGGAAAGACUUUUUUGGCUGCUAUCAACCAAGUCUUCCCUGCAGAGGAUGACGUCAACAAACAUGUGGAGGAUAAUUGUUCCUUGAUGUACUUGAAUGAAGCCACUCUACUCAACAAUGUUCGUGUGAGAUACAGCAAAGACAAGAUUUAUACGUUUGUAGCCAACAUCCUGAUCGCAGUGAAUCCGUACUAUGACAUCCCAAAGCUUUACUCGCCGGAGACCAUCAGCCAGUACCAGGGCAGGUCGCUGGGCACGCUGCCGCCGCAUGUCUAUGCCAUCGCUGAUAAGGCGUACAGGGACAUGAAGGUCCUAAAGAUGAGCCAGUCCAUCAUCGUCUCAGGGGAGUCCGGGGCCGGGAAGACCGAAAAUACUAAGUUUGUGCUCAGAUACUUGACAACCUCAUAUGGAACCGGUCAGGACAUCGACGAGAGAAUAGUGGAAGCCAACCCGUUGCUGGAGGCUUUCGGAAAUGCAAAAACUGUCCGGAACAACAACAGCAGCCGCUUUGGAAAGUUUGUGGAAAUCCACUUCAAUGAGAAGAAUGCCGUCGUGGGCGGCUUUGUGUCGCACUACCUGCUGGAGAAGUCAAGGAUCUGCACACAAAGCUCUGAGGAGAGAAACUACCACAUCUUCUACCGCCUGUGUGCUGGAGCCCCUGAGGACAUCAGGCAGAAGUUCCACCUCAGCUCACCGGACACGUUCAGGUACCUGAACAGAGGAUGCACUCGCUUCUUUGCCUCCAAAGACACAGACAAACAGAUCCUGCAGAAUCGCAAGAGCCCAGAGCACCUGAAGUCGGGCCCUCUGAAGGACCCGCUGCUGGACGACCACGGAGACUUCACCAGGAUGUCUGUGGCGAUGAAGAAGAUCGGCCUGGACGACACGGAGAAGCUAGACCUGUUCAGGGUGGUGGCCGGCGUGCUGCACCUCGGCAAUAUCGACUUUGAGGAGGCUGGAAGCACUUCAGGUGGCUGUGCCAUCAAGAACCAGUCAAGUCAGACGCUGGAGUACUGUGCCGAGCUGCUGGGCCUGGAGGAGGAAGACCUGAGAGUCAGCCUCACGUCCAGGGUCAUGCUCACAACAGCAGGGGGCGCCAAAGGAACAGUCAUCAAAGUGCCACUCAAAGUGGAGCAGGCUAACAACGCUCGGGACGCCCUGGCAAAGGCCGUGUACAGCCGCCUGUUCGACCAUGUGGUGACCAGGGUCAACCAGUGCUUCCCCUUCGACUCCUCCGCUAACUUCAUUGGUGUCCUGGACAUUGCUGGCUUUGAGUACUUUGAACACAACAGCUUCGAGCAGUUCUGCAUCAACUACUGUAACGAGAAACUGCAGCAGUUCUUCAAUGAGCGCAUACUGAAAGAGGAGCAAGAGCUGUACCAGAGGGAGGGGCUCGGAGUCAACGAGGUUCACUAUGUCGACAAUCAGGACUGCAUAGACCUUGUGGAGGCCAAGGUGGUCGGCAUCCUGGACAUACUGGACGAAGAGAACCGACUACCUCAACCCAGUGACCAGCACUUUGCUGACACUGUUCACAACAAACACAAGGACCACUUCCGCCUCACUGUACCCAGGAAGUCUAAGCUGGCCAUCCACAGGAACGUGAGGGAUGAUGAAGGAUUUAUUAUCAGACACUUUGCAGGAGCCGUGUGCUACGAGACGAUCAAGUUUGUGGAGAAGAACAACGACGCUCUGCACAUGUCUCUGGAGUGUCUGGUCAGUGAGUCCAAGGACCGCUUCGUGCGAGAACUCUUUGAGAACUCCAACAACAGCAAAGACGUGAAGCAGAAGGCGGGAAAACUCAGCUUUAUCAGCGUUGGCAACAAGUUUAAGACCCAGCUGAAUAUUCUCCUGGACAAGCUCCGCAGCACGGGCUCCAGUUUUGUCCGCUGCAUUAAGCCAAACCUGAAGAUGAUCAGCCACCAGUUUGAAGGCGCUCAGAUUCUCUCCCAGCUGCAGUGCUCCGGUAUGGUGUCAGUGCUGGACCUGAUGCAGGGCGGCUUCCCCUCUAGGGCUCCCUUCCAUGAACUGUACAACAUGUACCAGCAAUACAUGCCUCCCAAACUCACCCGCCUAGAUCCGCGCCUCUUCUGCAAGGCUUUAUUCAAAGCUCUCGGGCUGAAUGAGAAUGACUACAAGUUCGGCCUGACCAGAGUGUUUUUCCGGCCCGGGAAGUUUGCAGAGUUUGACCAGAUCAUGAAGUCGGACCCAGACCACCUGGCAGAGCUGGUGAAGAAGGUCAACACGUGGCUCAUCCACAGCCGCUGGAAGAAGGUCCAGUGGUGUGCUCUAUCCGUCAUCAAACUGAAGAACAAGAUUUUGUACCGGGCCAACGCCUGUAUCCAGAUGCAGAAGACCGUCCGGAUGUGGCUCUGCAGGAGGAAGCACAAGCCUCGGAUUGACGGGUUAGUCAAGGUGCGUAACUUAAAGAAGAGGAUGGACCGCUUCAACGAGGUGGUGGCUGGGCUGAAGGAGGGCAAACAGGAGAUGAGCAAGCAGAUCCAGGAUCUGGAGGCCGCCAUCGACUCCCUGUUGGUCAAAAUCAAGAGCACCAUCAUGUCCCGCAUGGAUAUCGACCACGAGUACCGGGCCCUGGUGACCCGGUCGGAGCAGCUGCUGACCGCCAUGCAGAACAAGAAGAAAGAGGAGGAGGAGAGGGAGCGACUCCGACGCAUCCAGGAGGAGAUGGAGAGGGAGAGGAAGAGGAGGGAGGAGGAGGAGCUGCGCCGCAAGCAGGAGGAGGAGGAUAGGCGACUGAAAGCAGAGAUGGAGCUGAAGAGGAAGCAGGAAGAGGAGGAGAGGAAGAGGAGGGAGGAGGAGGAGAGGAGGAUUCAGAUGGAGAUGGAGCUGCAGCUGCAGGCGGAGCGGGAAGAGGAGGCAUCUCGGCAGGCUGUCCUGGAGCAGGAGAGAAGAGACAGGGAGCUGGCGAUGAGGAUCGCUCAGAGCGAGUCCGAGCUCAUCCCAGAGGAGGUGCAGAACGACGCAGGCCUGCGCAGUAACGGCUCCUCAGUUCCAUCGUCCCCAGAGAGAGCAGCCACUGCUGGAACCACAGCACUCAAGAGCUUGACCAUGGAAGAAAUGGCGAAGGAAAUGACCGAACUUCUGGCUAGAGGUCCACAGGUUCAGGCCUCCAAGGCUGCUGCCGGGGCCAAGAAGUACGAGCUGAGCAAGUGGAAGUACGCUGAGCUGCGCGACGCCAUCAAUACCUCAUGUGACAUCGAGUUGCUGGCCGCCUGCAGAGAGGAGUUCCACCGCCGACUCAAAGUGUACCACGCCUGGAAGUCAAAGAACAAGAAGAGAAACACAGAGACGGAGCCACAGCGAGCGCCGAAAUCUGUCACUGACUACGAUCAUGCACCACCUGUGAAAACAGCAUCCCAGCAAAACCCAGCCCCGCCCAUUCCGGCCCGGCAGUACGAGGUGGCGAUGAACCGGCAGCAGCGUUACUUCCGUAUCCCGUUCAUCCGACCGGGCGACCAGUACAAAGACCCCCAGAACAAGAAGAAGGGCUGGUGGUACGCUCACUUCGACGGGCCCUGGAUCGCCAGGCAGAUGGAGCUGCACCCGGAUAAACAUCCCAUCGUGCUGGUGGCAGGAAAGGACGACAUGGAGAUGUGCGAGCUGAGCCUGGAGGAGACGGGUCUGUCGAGGAAGAGAGGAGCCGAGAUCCUCCCCAGGCAGUUUGAGGAGAUCUGGGAGCGCUGCGGUGGGAUCCAGUACCUCCGCAGCGCCAUCGAGAGCCGGCAGGCGCGCCCCACCUACGCCACAGCGAUGCUACAGAGCAUGUUCAAGUGACGGGGCCCAGGGAUGGGGGCUUCUCACUGCAAACAAAGGGACAAAUGCACCAGCUACCUAACACAGAUGGUGUCUGAGCGUACUACACCAGGUUCUGACUGCGGGGCAUUCACGUGAACAGUGAUUUCUCUCAACUGUCCUUUUGUUUCUUUUCUGUUGUUGUUUUUGUUCUUGCUGGCUUUCAGUUCCUCGAAGGGGGGAAGGGGGCGAGGGCAGGAAGUCUUGCAUUGAACCCUAUGCAGAAAAAUCAUACUAAAUUAUCACAUCCGGUAUUGUUUUCCAAGGAAUUCUGUUCUCUGUAACAUUUCUGCAAGUCUAACUACGAGGCCUUAAUACUACUUUAACAGGGUUUAAAAGCCAGAAGUAGGACUUUCUGUUUCGUUUAAAGCUGCCUCCCCAAACAAGAAAACUUAAUUCCUCUGUAAUUAUGCAUUCCUGAUCAUUACACUGAAGUCUCACUGGUGUGUCGCUUCCAUCUUAACAGCUAGCUGGUGAUCCCUCUCCGACUUAAACCCUGCUGUUUACAUUGUCUUCAUGUGGUUUUUACAGGGCGAACAACACUUGCACAAGGAGCUGUCAGCGCUCACCGUGAGGCAGUGCUGCAUGAGUGACUGCACUCAGAAUUAAGUCAAAUAUUUGCUAAUACUUACUUUUUUAUUUACCUUUUGUCUUUCUGACCGAAUGUAACUUGAGACCUCGUUGAUUUGUUCAUGUAGUGAUUCCUCUUUUCUUGUCAGUAUGUGUGAUUUAAUGUGUAAAGCUAAUGACAAAGGUCCAAAAAAUGUUUGACUUUGAGACCAAACAUGGCUUGAAACUUUAAGCCCAUGCUGGUUUUUUUUGGCCAGAGCAGUAAUUCAGCUCCAUGAUUAGUUUUUUUCUCUGCAUUUAUUAAGCAAAGCAGAAAAUGUGAAAUAAUUAUGCAACUCCUCGCGGGCUGUUUGAGACCAGAUCAGCACUGCAAAUACCAUCCCAUCUUUUAGUUUUCAAAUUUGAUAUUUUUACAUGAGGAAACAUAAUUAGCCAAUGCAGUGAUUCCCAAGGCAGUUUCACAUGUUCAUUGACAUUAAUUGAUAAAAUCACUACAUCUGGCUCUGUGUUUAAAAAUAUCUUUUGAUCCAGACAUGUUUAAAAAAAUUCUCAUGUACGAUUGGACAUUUUUCUGCCGUGUGAGAAGCUAUUGAGCAUGUCAUUAACUCUGUAUGAUGCACUGGUACUCAGCCUUGAACUGGAACAUUCAUUCAACACUGAAUAAUUUCUAUACUCCCAAUGGUGAUAUUCCAACUGGAAUGCAAAAGUUUAUUUUUGAAAGAACAGUUUCUACUUCAGUGGCUCGAGCACGAGAAGCAAUAAAUCACGCAAACUAAGCUAAGGGGGGAAAAAAACAACAACAAAAAAACCAAGCCUCCUUUGACGGGUACAUGAACCAUUUAAAGACAAUCUGCUGUGACGUUACACCUGUAUACACCUGAGGUUGCCAAGUUUGUUUCUGAGCUUUCUAUUCCCUUCGACGCUCCUCUCUGCACAGCAAAACAGUGACUUAGAAUGUCUGAAAGCAUGAAGAUCUGUCUUGUUGCAAAGUGGCUGAUCCCCUUUUAGAAAUGGCAUUAACAAGCAGGAAAGCUGGCUCGAAAGCAACAAACAAAUGCACCCAAGAUACGCUGAAGGUCUGACAGUCGAGCUGACAGCAACCACAAACAAAGAGUUUUGAUUUGCUGAUCUACAGGUCAAGAGAUGUCUAGACGUUGCGGUAUAGAGCAUGUGUUGUUGUUUUUUUUUUUUUUUUGAAGACGUCUAGACUACAAGUAACUCUUAAUAAUAGAUUUCAGUAACUCUAGUUGUCAUGGAAACAACGGAGGUGUAAGUCAAUUGACUAAUAAGACUUUCUGACCAACAAUUUAGGCUUUCCAAAACAGAAAUGUACAUUUUACCUGUUAUCCUAUUUCCUACUUCUGUCUGAUGCGACCUGUAACAUCAAAUACAUGUAGUAAAAGGACUGAACAAUUAAUUUACAUUUAAAUUGGAUCAGUUCAGGUUCAGACAGAGACAGAAAAUGCAUGUAAACAAAUAAAUGCCUUCAAGAUGCAUGGAAAACCAGGUUAGACGAGGUGUUUUCUUGUCUAUUAAUGCUGUUUAAAGGGGCCCACAUUUUUAGUUUUGCCCAUGAUUAUGACCUUAGUAGUGGUUUUAACAUCUGAGUGAUGACCUCACAAUAUUUCCUCAAAUGUACAAGAAAAUGUCCUGCACCUGCUCCCAUCUGUUUCUCUCCACACACUACAAUCAUUCCUCGGGAAGCACUGCAUUCGUCCACUGUCACUUUUCUAACGCUGAUCUCUCUAACAGACGAAUAAAAGCAUUCCAUGUUUCACUCA